GACCUCUAUCCAGUUUGAUCAGAGUCUCUCACAACUUAACAGAUCGUAAGACUUUAAAAAAUAUAUUCAAAAUUGAUAAGCCUCUACCAUUUUGCAAUGGCCAACAAUUUGAUCACUGAAGGCGACCAGGAGUUGCAGCAUAAAUCUGGAAUGGAUUCCCCGGACCUGUCCCCCAAGGCGGAAUUUUCCACCGGUUCGGUCAUCAAUGAGAUCAUCUCCAAGUCCCUGAAAUCCGAGGAGGUUCCUUUGCCCAAGCAGCCAUCAUCUCGCAUCACUUUUCGAGCUCUGGCCAGAUUGGUAAUGAUGCUAAACUCAAACCUCAAGAAGGCAAAUAAGGCGGGAGAUGUGGAUUACUGGCGUAAUCUCGCCGAGACCCUUGGGGAGGCCAAUAUCCGCUAUAAGAAAGUCACCGACAUGCAGCGCAGGAGGAUCGACACCCUGGAACAGGAUCUUCGCAACCUGGUCAACUUGGCCCGCGAGACCCAACAAUUGCUGGCCGAGAUCGGAGCCGAGAAGAGGGUCACCCAGGAACUUGGUCAUGGCGAACAUGCCGACUAGGUUUUACAUCAUUUCUACUUUCGAACUUCCUUUCAAAUCUUUCAUAAAGAAUUAGUUGAUUCA